AUGGCAGGCACUCAGCGCUACCUGCGCUACAUUGUCUUUGCGCUCUUUGCGCUCGUCCUCCUCUACUUCAUCGGCUCGUCGUCGUCGGUUCCGUCGGCGGCGAGCUGGCCCAACUACGGGUCUGGCGCCAAGGACACGCUCACGCCGCCGUCGGGCAUCCCCGGCGCCCACGAUGCCGUCGCGCAGCCCCACGAGUCGCACGCCGCUGCGAAGCCGCCGUCUACGCCCAACGCCCACGACCUGCCGCCCGCGACGAUGCCUGGCGACCGCAUGAACGCCACCUUCGUCACGCUCGCCCGCAACCAGGACAUUUGGGACAUUGCCAAGUCGAUCCGCCACGUCGAGGACCGCUUCAACCGCAAGUUCAACUACGACUGGGUCUUCCUCAACGACGACGACUUCAACGACGAGUUCAAGAAGCUCACCACCGCGCUCGUCUCCGGCAAGACCAAGUACGGCAAGAUUCCCAAGGAGCACUGGUCCUUCCCGGACUUCAUCGACCAGGACAAGGCCGCCCGCGUCCGUGAGGAGAUGAAGGAGAAGAAGAUCAUCUACGGCGACUCGGUCAGCUACAGGCACAUGUGCCGCUACGAGUCUGGCUUCUUCUUCCGCCACCCCUUGAUGCUCGACUACGAGUGGUACUGGCGCGUCGAGCCCAGCGUCGAGCUGCACUGCGACAUCAACUACGACACGUUCAAGUUCAUGGCCGAUAACAAGAAGAAGUACUCCUUCACCCUCUCGCUGUACGAGUACGUCGAGACCAUCCCCACCCUCUGGGAGGCCACCAAGAACUUCACCAAGACCUUCCCCCAGCACAUCGCUCAGGACAACUCCCUCAAGUUCAUCAGCGACGACAACGGCGAGACGUACAACCACUGCCACUUCUGGUCCAACUUUGAGAUUGGCAACCUCAACUGGCUCCGCUCCAAGGCCUACAUUGACUACUUUGAGUCUCUCGACCACGCCGGUGGCUUCUUCUACGAGCGCUGGGGCGACGCCCCCGUCCAUUCUCUGGCCGCAGCUCUGAUGCUCAAAAAGGACGAGAUCCACUUCUUCAACGACAUUGCCUACUACCAUGUUCCCUUCACCCACUGCCCGACCGGCGAGCAGUACCGCCUCGACCACAAGUGCCACUGCAACCCCAAGGAAAACUUUGACUGGAACGGCUACAGCUGCACAUCCCGCUUCUACGAGCUCAACAACAUGAAGAAGCCAGAAGGGUACGAAAAGGAGCAAUAA